GAAAUUUUAACAACUACGUUGUUAUAAUUGAGUGGUAUAAUAGAGAGUGUUAUGUGCACGAGUACAACAUAAUUUUCAAUGCAUUUUAGGAUGAGAUGGUUGGUUUCGAUUUUUACGAAUUUGUCCACCGUAAGGAUAUAACUAUGGUCAAAAAUCAACUGUCUACCACUGCCUCAGAGAGCAAGGAGGAAAAGACCAUCCCUAAAAAUUCUUCUAUAUUGAAAGAAGGAAUUGAAAUUUCUGGGAAUUUAUGUCCAGGAGCUAAACGUUCAUUCCUUUGUCGUAUGAAGAAGGGAGCCAAGGCAGAUGACAUAAUGAGCAUGGGAACAAAAACUUCAAUUACGAAAACUAAGGGAAAUGUAAUGGUGGAUGAAACAGAUCCUGUUUUAAGUAAGAUUCAUUGGUUUAGGAGUAAAAAUAUUCUGUUUUUGGUCAAAGCGCGCGUCAUUUAUAACUGUGCUCGUAAACGGUUUUUAAGGAUUUGCAUGCGAAGCAAAAUCCUUUAUGUCACCGGGUUUGUAACAUAGAUAGAUAGAUAGUAACACGAAUUACGUACAGUAGCAUAAUUGAAUUGUUCACGUUGAGUUCCGAGUCGAGUAUUCUCGAACCGCCAUUUGUGUUUGUCUUUAUUCGCAAUCUGUCGGGCAAAAUACCCGCUCGUUUUCGUUUUCCCACCAAUUAAAUCAUAAAAUAAUCGUACCUUAAUGUCACAACUAGAAUAAAUUUCUAUCAAUGAAGGACUAUCGCAUUCGGCAAACAUAUCUUCAACUUCUACGCGCUACUAUCCAUAAAACCAGAAGUUCACAGCGGCAUAAUUUCGAGUUCUACACAUGACAUCCCUUCACGAAGCAGCUCCAGUCGCUCUUUCGACACACAAUGUACAUAAAGAUUGUCACGUGCAUCCAAAUCAGUAGCUUUGUUGCCACGAACGAGGCCACGAACAGUGCGAAUAUUCGCCAUGAUUACAAUUUUCAAUUUGUACUUACUGCUCCUUGUAAUUGAGUAGUGAACACAAUGAGAGCUAGUCGAACAAUGACGGCGCGUCCAGGGAAAUCGAUAAUAUUAAUGAGUUACAAUGCAUGCCGGGAAGAGCUUCCAACCUCCUCUGAUUCGCAAUCUGUCGGGCAAAAACCCCGCUCGUUUUCGUAGAAUGCACCAACGACUAAACAUUGUACCACUUACUUUGAGCUAAACGAAGGAAUAUAUGACUGUUUUCUGCUAGAAAUACGUAAAUGCAUGGAAAGGUUCUGAAAGACAAAUUCGUUCAACUCAGGAGCGGAGUUAUAAAAUAGAAUUAAAAGCGGUGUUUCCAUUAUGAAAACUAUAUUGUUCCAUGUUUCAUUCGUACUCAUUGGAAAUGAAUUAGAAAUGUAAUUGCCUGUUGUGGAAUGUGGAAACAUCGAAACAAUUUUGUCGUCUUUUUAUCCAAACGUUAAAUAUCUUCAACAUUUCUACAAAUUGAGUUUUUCCUUUAUCGUUCAGGCAGUGAUAAAGCCAUUUAAAAGUUGUAGUAGAUUAAUUUUAAAUUUUACAAAGAUUUGUCAUGAUGUUGUGUUUUGUUAUACUACAUUUUGGGCGAUAUGUCUCCAUCUUUCUUGCAUGCAUUAUAAAAUUGAUAACAAAAUUGCAAAUCCUUACGCACUCCUCGAGUACCUAUUUUUUGUUUUUGCAAACAAAAACAGUUCAUCUAUUUUUUAUAGCAGUUCUCAUUUUAUUCUAUUGAACCUGCAAAUUUGAUGUCAGUUUAGAAUUAAAAGCAUGAAAAGUCACACACUUUAUAGAAAGUUGAAAAAUAUACAUGUGAUUCGCCCGAGAUAAUAAAUUUUUCGCAAAGCGAUCAAAAUCGCGGCUAUAAUUACUUUUAGAGUUUGAAGGUAUCAUUAUAGAAAUCUAUAAGUUAUAAGGAUUCGAAUAAUAUUAAAAUAAAAUUGUGCGUUACUCAUAUCAUCUUUGAAACCAAGAAAUGUUUGCUAUAUAACUCAGCUCCAAAAAUUUGAUCUGGUCUACAAUAAUAAUAACUACGGCUGCAGCUGGGUGGCCAAGUGGUGAGCGCACUUGCCUUUCACCUCUGAGGCUGCAGGUUCGAAUCUCACUAAGUACCUUCUCAGUGCGACUCGAACCCAGUCCCCAUGUGAAAAGAGUAAAAAGUCAACGCUCUGCCGAACGCCGUGGGUUUUCCCCGGGUACUCCGGUUUCCUCCCACAGGGAAAAGUUGACAGGGUGGGUUAGGUAAAAAGGGCCCACAGUAAUUGGCAUAUGCUGUUGUGGUGACCCUGCCCUAGUUGGCGAAGCUAAUAAAAACAAAAAACAGCUAGCCAAUCAACUACGGUCUAUUUGUAAAUAUCGAAACAUUAAAGUGUAUCAGAAUGUUUUUCAUUUAGUAAUAUUUCGCCGUUUUAUAUCAGUCUCCCGGGUCAAUGACUUGUCGUGGGGUAGUUGUUUAUCUCGGGAUCAUGUGAAGCCUAUUAGUCACAGUAUAUAGUCCGUGCAGUCAGGAUUUUAGCCAGAAGGGCGUCCAGGCGUCCUUGGACGCCCCUAGAACGAAAAAUGGACGCCUUUGGACGCCAAAAUUCUGGGGGAGGGGAGGGAAAUUAUUUUCAAUUGUUUCCCUAAGUAUAUUAAUAUAUCUGAAACGAAAUAGCUUCAAUUCUCAUUAUUAUUAUACAUUUGACAUUUUGAUCAAUUUGAUAUUAUACAUUUGACAUUUUGAUCAUUUUGAUCAAUUUCCCCCCCCCCCCCCCUUUUACUGUAGAUGUAUCGUUAUACCAAAAUUGGACGCCCUCUUUUAGGGGAAAGAGAGCCUGCAAGGAUCGAGGGGAAAGAGAGCCUUCGAGGGGAAAGAGAGCCUGCAAGGAUAAGAGCCUUCGAGGGGAAAGGGAGCCUGCAAGGAUCUCUAUAGCCAGGGGCGUAGGAAGCAUCAAAAGGUUGGGGGAGGGGGGUACCAUCUUCGAGGGGCACUUUUGGAUAAUGAAAAGCGCACCUAAAAAAAUUUUCCGGAAAUGUUGGCGACGGGGGGAGAAGGGAGACCAUUUUGCAAUUUAUAUCAUAUUCCAUGCUUAAUAUAAUACAUUUGCCUAAAUUUCGAAUUGCAACGUGCAAUCAACGCUUUUAACUGUUUUUUUUAAAAACAUCGACCAAAAGUUAAAUUUAUUUGUUUCAUGGACAUUUUGUUAUUGAAGGAACUUUUCUCAAGAAAUGCAGGUUAUUUUCUGAACAUUUUUCACGAAGACUUUUUUUUUUUGCACUUUGCCACCGGAGAGAGGGCACUUUUUGUGUCUUCUGAUAACUUGGGGGCCCUAGGCCCCCUCCCCCUCCCCCCGUUCCUACGCCCCUGCCUAUAGCGUUUACGUGCAUGCGUCCAAUAUUUGGGCGCAGCGCUCUGAUUGGUUGAUAACUGAUUCAAAUGAAGUGGUUGAUAAGCUUCCAUAAACUACACUUUGUUUGUAAAACCAAGCAACGCAAAGCUUCGCAAUUGCGGCAAUGUAGAGAUAAAAGUGUUAUGUAUUUUGUAUCCUUGUUGACUUUUUACUGUAAAUUAAUAUAGUAUUCAUAUACCUGUAAAGAUGAAUACUAAAAGCUUGCAUGCAUUCUUGAGUCCUGCGCUUGUCUGACUCCUAGGCUAAAAAUAAUUCUUGAACAUAUUUAACUAUAAAAUUGAGGGAAAGACUGAACAAAUUCGCAAACCGAAACCUAGUCCUAUAGGGACGAGGCAUUGUAUCGCUUCUCUUUUAUCAAACAAUAUUGAGAAUUAUUCUGAUAAUAUUCAGUGCAUAUUGUGUGUAAGCUUGUUUUACAAUGUCACUGACUAUUUAAUAUUUAUAAGUAUAUGCGGCGUUAAAAUGUGCAGUAUUUACUUGUCACUUUGUUUACAAUAAUUAUCACAUGCAUGUUUAAUUCCACUUUUUGUUGCAAAAUUUGAACUGCAGACAUAUUAUUAAAUUAUGUCCAUGGUAUAUCAUAUAUGUCUAUGUCUCACCAACGCCAUAAAUUUCAGUAAGUUAGUUUAUCACUUGAAUUAGUUAGCGGGUAACAUACAACUUUAAACUUACUGUGCUUACAGAAACACAUGCAGACUGUAAUAAAAAGUACAACUUGAUAUAUUACACUGUAAAACCUCGAGCUUUUAACAUUUUUACGAUGCCCCAGUGGCGGUCUGUUAUACGAAACUAACGAAAGAAUAUAAAUGGUGUGCAACGUUUAUGUUUACAAUAUUGAAGGGGAAUUUCCGGGCUGCGCUGAUUGGUUAUUAUUAAUUGACCUGUGACAUUCUAUUAAAUUGAAGGGCGGCACGCAAUUAUCAUAGGGAUCCUUGCAGGCUCUCUUCAUAGAUAUCUUAUAUACACUAAGAUAGCGCAUCUCUUUUAGUAAAAUUGAAGCCAAGAAUAUUCCAGUGGUUACCCCCAUUUGAAUAGAUGGCGGCCAUGUUGGUCGUUCCCACUUGCUAAUAAACGCUUAAAAACAACAAUAACUUUCAUCAUUUGAAUAGUUUAAAAACGUAUUUGGAAUAGGGUUAACUUAAUGUCGAAGUUCCCUGUUUAAGAAAUAGAAAACAUACGAAUCUUCUCAUUUCAUGGGAACGACCUGAGACUGCAAUCACGGCUUCAAUUUUUGAAUUACAGAAUAAUUAGAUGCACUAUCUAGUGUAUAUAAGAUAUCUAUGGCUCUCUUUCCCCUAUAGAGAGCCUGCUCGCAGGCUAACCAAACACCUUCCGUUUUCUCCAUGCAGGUAUGACUGUCUCCUCUUGUUAAAUAAAUUGUGUCCGAUACAAGGCAGGUACAGUUUAGUAACGCUAUAAAGGUUGGACCUAUAUACAAGAACUUGUGUUUAGAUCUCGAUGACUGGAUUCUGUAGCUCAGUUGGUUAGAGCGCUGCACGGGAACCGCAGGUUUGAUUCAUGCAUGCCCGAGGGCCAAUGGUUAUGUUUAAAAUUGUAUUUCAAACACUCAUUAAUAAUUCAUAAGCUUAUUGGCAAAUCAUGUCAACCAUAAUAGGUCACGUGCAGUGGCUUUAAACCUGAUAAAACACUCCUAAUUAGUAUUCUUUAUAUAAAGAAUACUAAUAAGGCAGUAUAUCUAUUGAAUUUGUAGUCGUGUUUGAAGCCGUUUAAAAUAAACUCGCAUUUCGUGUUUUAUUAGGUCUAAAGCCACUCGCGCUGCGCGCUCGUGACUUUAAACCUAAUAAAACACUCCUGCUCGUUUAUUAAACAGUACAUAAUCGUCUGCUCGAAAUCUCCAUCAACAAAAACCCUUCAAAAGUAUAUAACAAAGCAAUUUUAGUUUCUAGAAUCCGAUCAAAUAAAUAUGAUCGUUUUAUGGUCCAAAUAUAUGAAUUCUCCAGACGAGACUUGAAAAAAGUGUUUAAUGUUCGUCAGACCCUGAGUUUUUCUUUCCUUGAUCCUGAGUUUGAUGUUCUCAAAAAUGCGUAAAAAAUGGAAAAUUUGUGCCAGAUUUGAACAUUGAACAACAUUUCACAAUCUCAAAUUACGGAUAAGAAAGUAUGAUAGUAUGAAAGUACGUUCCAGAGCUACUGUAAGUGUGAUAUUCUAUUUAGCAAUAUUUUUGAAAAAAAAAUUUAUUUAGGGAUUUUAGCCAAAAAUUUAUACUUCUUUUGGACAAUUAUGCCUAAUUAAUCCUACUUUUUCCAAAGCUUUUCCACGUUAACCAAAUGUUCCUCAUGAUCCCGAGAGCCCACUACUUUUUCCCAGGUCUGCGAAAGGGUAUAUUUGAAGUGUAAACGUCACAGGAAGGAUAUCGCAGGUCUGAACGUGGAGACUUUUUUGUUGCUGAAAUCGUAUGCUAUCUUGUUUUCUAGUUUCGUACGAAGGUUAUUUGAAAUCGUGGCCGCCAAAUAAGGAGAUAAAAUCGAGCAAAGAUCCAAACUCUCGCAGUUGCUUGGUUGCUAUCGGUCGUAUUCUUGAAAUAGGUACCGAGCAAACUGACUACAGCAAGCUGGGUCAGAUCUGCGAGUUUGAAACAAGACAACGAGCUGACUCUACUAUCGUUCGUGUUGAUCAGAGGUAAAUAUAUUUCAUAAAACGAAAAAUGUUUUUAUCACAACCAAAACAACCAUGCAAAAUGUAUUUAUUUAGCCUAGAUCAAACUAAGAUGAGAGUUGGCAGUAGUCAUGUCACGUGACCUUGGUUAGCUGUUCUUAAUGCUUCCCAACACUAUUAUGCUUAAGAAAUAGAACGAGUCGCGCGUGUUUUGGGUGUGAUAGUGCACGAGGAGAGUGUUGGAGAACACGAGAGAAGCGUGUAAAACACGAGACGUAGCCUCUAAAAAGAAGUUACCCAUCUACAUAGGAAGUUAAGCCUCCAGAUAGGAGUUACCCAUCACAUCUUGCGCGCUCGAUGUUUAAAGUUUAAGAUUUUUGAAUUGGAAACUAUAUUAUAUAUUCGAAAAAAGGUUGUCCUUCAAAAAUCUUAAACCUUGAACAUUGAGCUCGAAAGGGAUGAUGGGUAACUUCCUAUUUAGAAUCUUAAACUUGGGAAUUUUGCUUUUCAACAAUGCUGGGAAAUGUGAUGAACACUUGUUUAUUUCAUUCAUCCCUUCAAUGUAGUUUCACCAAGAUACUUGGUUAUUGUUCAGACGAAGUUUACGGGAAAUCAGCAUACAGUUUCUUACAUAAAGAUGACCUUAAGAUCCUCGCUGAAGCUCAUUACAAAGACCUCAAUAACAAGUCCAGGUCAACACCGGAAAUUAUAUACAGGUUUCGCGCGAAAGCUGGACACUAUGUUCCUUUAAAAUCUACAUCAGUUACAUUUCGCAAUCCUUGGUCAAAGGAAGUUGAUUAUGUUGUCACAAGGAGUGUUGUUAUAAGGUUAGUUAUUAUUACGAUAUGAUUUUAGUCAGUUUGCUCUAUUCGGAUUUGUUAAAGACAGUGCCGAUUAAACAUUAAUCGGCACGCGGGUGUGCAUGCAGCGAUAGAGAUUAAUCGGUACGCAUAUACGAGCCCGCGUGAGUUCUGGACGCCCUUGCAGAAAUUUGAACACGAAAUGUAAUAAACAACGUGAAAAUUUCUAUUUUCUGAGAUCUUAUUAUACACCGAGCUCUUAUAUAAAAGAAGACGACGAAGGUGAAAUAAAAAUUAAUCACAGUUUUUACAUGCAGGUGUGAAUUGAAAAUUAAUAUCAGAAAUUAGUCUUACCGUUUAUAACAUGCAAUAUGGGGCGUACUUGAGAGCAUAUUUUUAAUACACAAUGUUUGUUGUCAUUGAGCACUAGUGUAAAAUUGACUACAAGAAUAUUAAUAGGAAAUUACACUUGUUAAUUCUCGAAGUAUUAAUGAAAAAUCACAAAUUGAACCACAUUCAGGACCGGAUAUCUUUUUUAUAUUUUAAAAAUAAGUAUUAAUCAAUCAAUGCUUGAAUUCCGUUUCGCAGGAUUCGGCUUCGGUUCAUGACACAAACGUCGGGCUUGACAAUUCUUCAUAUAUAAUGCUCAACCAUCGUGCAAUUUCUAGAUUACAUAUAUUUGCCCAGUUUUUGUAACUUUUUUCUAUGUUUUUGGUGUUCCUGUAUCUUUUUCAAGUUUUCUCACCUAUUUAUUUUUGCCCAAAGCUUGUCAAGACAAGUGCAUUUUAAUCUGAUAUCCCACUUAUGAUAUUUGUGGUGUUACUCUGAGUAUAUAUCCACACCGGGCAAGCUUGAAAAAUAUGCCCGGCCACGGUGGGAUUCGAACCUACGACCUUUGGAAUACCAGCCCAAUGCUCUUCCAACUGAGCUACGCGGUCAGGACGGUUCGAGUAAGUGAUAUUUCGGAACAGAAUCUAGUUCCUUCGAUACCAAUGUAUUCUAGUAAUAUGAAUUCUUUCUGUGUUGGUGUAGUGUACUCAGGUUAAUAUGAUAUUUGUGUUGUUACUCUGAGUGUAUAUCCACACCGGGCAAGCUUGAAAAAUAUGCCCGGCCACGGUGGGAUUCGAACCUACGACCUUUGGAAUACAAGCCCAAUGCUCUUCCACUGAGUAACACCACAAAUAUCAUAUUAACCUGAGUACACUACACCAACACAGAAAAAAUUCAUAUUACUAGAACACAUUGGUAUUGAAGGAACUAGAAACUGUUCCGAAAUAUCACUUACUCGAACCGUCCUGACCGCGUAGCUCAGUUGGAAGAGCAUUGGGCUGGUAUUCCAAAGGUCGUAGGUUCGAAUCCCACCGUGGCCGGGCAUAUUUUUCAAGCUUGCCCGGUGUGGAUAUACACUCAGAGUAACAACACAAAUAUCAUAUUAACCUGAGUACACUACACCAACACAGAAAAAAUUCAUAUCCCACUUAUAUUUUAUUAUAAUAUAAGUGAGACGUGGAUAACAUGCAAUUUGAUUCGCUAAUGCGUGUGCAUAAUAACCAAUAUUAAUGCACUGUGGUCUGGUUUUUCUGUGCAUUUUUCCUCCGUUUCGGCUCUGCUUUUUAUCCAAAAAUAUACACAGAGCUAUAAACUUUUUGAAGGAAGAAAGAAUAGACCGAAGGAUUCUAUGUAAAGUUAUUUAGGUGUAAAAUUAGCCAGCUUGGGAUUCGUCGAAUGUGUUUUUCUCUUGACAAUUUUGGGCAAAAGCAAAGUAGCGGGAAAAAAAACUUAAAAAAGAUACAGGAAUACAAAAGAAAAAAUUGAACAAAUGUGAUUUACAAAUUGCUUCUCUGCUUCUCAAGCAUUAAAAAUGCAUGUUAGCAAAUUAGUCUGCGUAUCACUGCUUAUUUUUAUUUCCAGUAUAUUGAACAGUUUUUCGCAACUUCAACAUCAAAAUUUUGUUUUGUUUUGCUCGUUCGCCCGCCUAGAAUAGCUUGUUGCAUGUUGCUAAGCGACAAGUAAAAGCAUUCGUGUGAUGUCACUGAUUACAUGUUAGCAGAAAUUCAAAGUCAAUCUUUUGAAUAAAAUUGUUUAUCACGUAAUAUCUUCUAAUCUAAUUGUAUUAUAAAAGAACAAGACGCUCUGCGGAGCGUUAACUCGCUGGGGCUAUACUAGACUUGGUUAGGGCCUGAACUUCAGGUUAGUUGAAGUCCGUCUCUCAUAUUUUCGCACCUUUUUUGACCGCUCGUGUGCAUCGCUAUUUUCAACCCCUUCAGAGACGGACUUGAACCCGAGUCUAGGGCUAUACAAAUACGCACAUUACUGUACAUGAUACAUACAGUACACAGCUAUUUCAAUUAAGAUUUAAGGUCUUCCCCGAGCUAAGCGGAAAAGUCGAUACCGGCACGAAAGGCUUACAUGUAACACAGUACUAAAAUGCGGUAGGCCCUACAAGUAAAGUUAUAUUUUAUAGUACGCUACAUUCUAUUUCUUCAAGACUGUCAGCCGCCAGUUGGUCCGUGGUCCGCACGCUAGGAUUAAACUGCGCUUUAAAGAUGCGCACAAUCUGAUCUGCGCAUGUGCACAAAGGAGCCCUCUUUUUAUUUACAAACAGUUUAUUUAGGUUUUUAUUUCAUUUUAUGUUCUUGCAAAGCUUGAUUGUUGUCGCUUGAUAAUUUAUUAUACUCUAGAAUCAUGAAAAUAUAAAUAGUUGUCGAAUAAAAUUCAAUAUUUUGGAUACCGAAAUGUAAACAAAGCCUUUGUUUACAUACGGACUGUACCGCAUCUUUAAAACGUUCAAAAUAAAAUAUUUGGGGGCUUUUGGGCUCAAAAUACUAUCAAAAUGAAGAGAGAAGUGAGACGAAUCCACUGCAGGUAUACGGCCGAAAAAGAGAAAACCAAUGAUACCAAAGUUAUCAAGGAUUAAACGUACUGCAUUAAUAAUUUUGAGCGACUUGUCAACAAUACAAUUAUUUCGCUUGGCUUUCAACUGACAAAGGCCAUAUUCGCUAGAAUACUGUUGUUUAGUAAUACUGUACAUUUGACAUCCGUAAUUAGUACAAUUUCAAACGCUGAAUCGAACGGUGGUAUUUUUAUCCUCAAUACAUACUGCGAGCGAUUUAUCAACAAUACAAUUUCGCUUGAUUUUCAAAGGCAAUAAAUCGCUAGAAUACUGGUGUUUAGUAAUACACUUGACAUCCGUAAGUACAAUUUCUUACGCUGAAUCGUAUGGAACGGUGUCGCUUUCUUCUCAAAAUAUAAAGCAGCGCAGCCAAACGUAACUUGCGAUUUGCGAAGGUUGCUGUUUCCAUGUCGAAAUUCCUUGUAAAAUUGUUCAAAUUUCCCGAAUUUUCCUCAAAAUGCAGGGUUAUUUAUGGAUAAUGUGGGUAAAAAUUGGAGGAGCCGCAGGAGCUUUAUGGAUAAUUUGGGUAAAAAUUAGGUAGCUCAUUAAUAUUCUAUUUUGUGGCUAUCGAUCGAAGAUCCACUAUCGGAGAAAAAUGCGAACCGAAACCUAUACUCGUCCGGGGCACAGGUGCCCCAGCGAGUAAAUAGAUAAACUCGUCUCGUGCGUUCAUGGUAUGAUAAUGCAGUCGGGGUAUGGUGGAAGAACACUCGAGAAACGUGUGAAACACUCGUCUACGUCUCGUGUUUUACACGCUUUCCUCGUAUUCUCCCAACAUUUACCUGGUAAAUUAUCAAAUCAUAAACGCACGCGACUCGUUUCCUAUUUCUUAAAUAAUUUCUAUUCAUGUAUCACCAUGAUAUCGGGCAAUUGCCAUCAAUAAUAGUUGAAGGAUCUUGUAGAUGGAAAUUGUCAAGUGGAAAUUUAUACACAUUUAUCAGACCUAACCAGGAACAGCUUCGCAAGAUGCGACCAUUAUUAUUCAAUUUGUAAUUUAUAAUUGCUCUUGUUUUAUCUAGUUCCUUUUCACCAAUCAUGUCAUUCAGUGCAAUGCAAAGAGGGACAGAAAACAUGGUAAGAACACAUAGCAGCCACCACCAGGGGCCGAUUCUUCAAUUCUGAAUUAGUUCUGAACCUGGGUUAAAAUUUAAUCUGCUGUUUUGGUUUGAGUAUUUCUGCACGCUCGUUUAUCACACAACUUUAGAAAAUAAAACUUCUAUUGAUCCAGACAAGACUUCUGGAAAAAUAUCUUCAUGCUAUUGGCAAGUUUGCUUCGAAGUUUAACGCUUAGCCUAAUCUAGCAUUAAGCUAACCGGCACUCGAACAACCGGCCCCAACUGGAUACCUCUACUGCAAUUUUCUUUUUCGUAAACCGCCAGGGUCAUCAGUAACAAUGGUGUCACCACUUUCAGUGUGCAUCAUAUCCAUCGAUAUGUACUACGACUGCAGGAUAGCGCAUCUAUUGUUUUGCUUUGAAGCCGGAAGUACGUCAUGUUUCGUGACCGGCCGCCAUAAACGGCAGCAGAAAAGUUUCAAAAAAAUUCAUAUAGCCAGCAGUAGGAAAUUUGUUUUUAAUCCUGUAAGACUGUAACUACUUAACCUCUCUUCUCCGCAGAGCCUCCUUAAGUAUUUGCAAAUAACUUUUCCAGAAGUUUCCAGAAAAAAAGUGAGCGCGCGCGGAGUGAUGUGAAGAUUGAAACGAAGCCGAGAAUGCUCUGCCACGUAAUGCUAAAAGGUAUGGUUUUUGAACCAAACUUUUGUUUGACAUUUUUUAAACUCGAAAUGGACGGAAAUGUGGAAGAAAUUGAAAUAAAUCUUCGUGAUCUUAGUAUCAAAGUUCAAUUGAGUCAUUUUUAUAAAGAAAUGUUGCAAUUUAGAGGAUAUUUAUAAUCAGAUAAUCAUAUCCAUUUAUAUUCAUUUGCAAUCUGUCAGUAAUGAACAGAAGAAGAUAUUGAUAUUGGAUUCACCCCAGGAGACUCAAGUACGCCUGAAAAGGAAAGUGGAAAACAUGUUUUAACACCCUCGAAUGUUGAUAUCGAACCGAACUCCAAACGAUUAUAUACGACGCCACGUUGAUUGCAUAAACUAGCAGAGGCUUCCUUUACUUCGGUCUUCCCAUCACUCCUUGCGCGCUUUCUUUUCCCUCACUAGCAACUUCAUGUAAGCCUCUGCGGAGGACAGAGACUACUUAACUACUUCAGAUUUAUCUUGUAUGACUUGUUUCACACGACAACCUUAUGACACAUUCACAAUUUUGUUAUUUUACCCUAUUAGUUGUAAUAUUUUGCAGAAAAUUUUGAGCCCUAAAACCAAGUUAUCAGAACGAAAAAAAAAUUUUCCAUCUCUGCAGCUCUUUUGGGUUUUAAGUUGAACUAAAUGAAACAGGAGAUCUUUUUUGUGCCACCCGGUAAAUCUGCAUAUAUUAAUUUAAAGUCGUUAAUUAAAAUCCAAUAGGAUAUCAUCACACAAACUACAACGUCAGCUGGUUCUUCAGAACAGCAGGAUGAAAUGGACGAAAAUCUACGUAAUUUGUUACUGAAGUUGGAAAACCUUGGCAACAAUGAAGGUACUUACUUUUUAGUGUGAAC